AUGACCACUGUUGCUGUCAUCUUGUCUACCACCAAUGCGACAUUUGGUGGAUGGGAAUGGGAGCCGAUAAAGAACUUGAAGGAUGAGCACGUCAAAGAGAUUGCCGAGUACGCAGUGGAGGCUUACAAUAUGAUAUCUAAUUCUUUCCCGAUACAACUUGUAAAAAUCGAGAAAGGAAAAAUCCGAUAUGCUGGUGGCACGAACUACAAGCUCGUCGUGGCGGCGGUUGUACCGGAAACGGGAAACAUGUUACAUUCGUAG